AUGAUUCCCAUUACCAACCGAGUUAAAUUGGAUGACAGCAGUCAGCUUUGGAACCUCUCCCCUUCUGUGUGGUCGCCUGUAGCGGCGUGGGAGCGGCCCGGGUGCAUUCUCACUCUCGACUCGCGCUACACCCCCCAGGGGGUGCUGGCAGUGGAGGCGGCUGUAGCGCAGCUGCUGAGGGACCUUGGGGUAGAGGCGGAGGGGGUGGGGGGGGAAGGGAUACGGGGAGAGGGGUUCGGGAGGGGAGGGAAAGCAGGAGAAGGGAGAGGGGGGGAGGGUGUAGGGACGGGGGCAGGGGAUGGGGGACAGGUAGGGCGGAGGGGGAAGAUGCUUGAGCGGAGUGAGAGGGAGGUGGAAAGGAAGAGGUUGAGAAGGAGGGCGAGGGAUGGGGAGUGGGGUUGGUACGGAGGAAUGAAGGGGAGACGGUUGAAUGAAGGGGAGGGAGAGGAAGAGGGGCAGGGGAAAGAAGGGGGGCAGAGUAAGGAAGAGGAUCAGGGGAAGGAUGAGGGGCAGGGGAAGGAAGAGGGGCAGGGGAAGGAAGAGGGGCAGGGGAAGGAAGAGGGGCAGGAGAAGGAAGAGGGGCAGAGGGAAGGAGGGAAUCAGAAGGAGACGGAAAAGGAGAGAGGAAAAGGAGGGAAGGGGAUGCCUGAGGCGUGGCGGAGGUUCUAUGGGUUGCUGCCUAAGGUGGUGGAUGCGGACGGGAAUGAGGAUCAGAGGAAGAUGUCUAUAUGGGUGACUCUGGCCGUCAACAUGAUAUACGCGCGGCGGCAUGGGUACCGACUCGUGGUGGAGAAUGGCUCAAAAUACACACCGGAUAGACACCCGGCCUGGUUCAAGGUGCGGAUUCUGCAGGAGCAGCUGGCAUGCUGCUGCCAGUGGGCCUUCUUUGUCGACUCAGACGCCUACAUUCGCAUGAACCACCACCGCCUCUCAGUGGAAGCAUGGAUCCAAGCCAUCAAGCAACCAGACUACUUCAACUGGCUGCUGGAUGCCAAACUGACAGAUUCCUUGGACGGCCAGGUGUGGCUCCCGCAGGACCCCGCCCUGCUGCUACAGCCAGCCACCGCGCGACAGCUGGAGGGACCUGUGGUUCUGAUGCCACGGAAUGGGGACUCGCAAAAUGGGUUUCAUGGGAGCGCCGAUGUGCUAUUUAUGGAGAACCAAGACUAUUGCAAUUCGGGGGUGCUGCUCUUUAGACGGUCACUGGACUCUUUCCAGUUCUUGAAGCAGUGGUACACGAUUCCCGAAUCAGGCGAGCACUAUCGGUACAAUCACGAAUGGGAGCAACCAAAUCUGAACGCCGUAGCUCUAAAGGAGCAGUGGAAGGGGAAGGUGAUAGUGGUCCCGUAUGCGGAGCUCACAGGGCCUAACGGAGCUAUGGUUCGGCAUGUGUGGGGUGGCGUGCCUGAGGGGGCACAUCACAGGGUGUCAAUGGAGGCCUUGGAGGAGAUCAUGGGGUUGCCGCAGUGA